GUCUCCUCACCUCAUCCACAGCCAACGGCCCAUCGGACCUCCACUAUGAUGAAGCAGUGUGCCUUGUUGUUGCUGGCGUGUGCGGUGUAUGCUCAUGCCGCCCCCCUGGAGCCCGGCAUGAAGCCCGGGUCGUGCCAGGACGCCGUGGCCCUGGGAGCAGCAGGACAGGCCCUCGACAAGAUCAACAAGGACCGCACAAAGGGCUACGUGUUCGGUCUGCACCGCCUCAGCAACGUCAACCAGAUGGAGCAUGGUGAAACAGGGGUUGUGUUCUACCUGACUAUGGAUGUGCUUGAGACCAACUGCCACGUGCUCAGCAGGAAAAACGCAAAGGACUGUGAGGUCCCCAAGGCUGAAAACACACCGGUCUACGGUCAAUGCAAGGCUGUUAUCUACAUGAACCGAGUCCACAGAGUGGUUCGUCUGUACAACUACAACUGUGUGGUCAGACCAGCGGCUGCGGCGACAGUGGCUAAGCGGUGUCCAGACUGUCCCUUUGCCGUGUCCAUGGACAACCAGGAGGUCCUGAAGACAGCCACCCUGUCCAUGGAGAAGUUCAACAAGGACAGCGGCUUGGCCAAUCACUUCGCCAUCCUCAACAUCACCCGUGCACAGUCAUCGAUGGGCAUGGCCACCUUCUACUUUGCAGAGUUCACCAUCCAGGAGACUACCUGUGCCAACACCACCAACCCUUCAGCAGCCUCCAAGUGUCCUCUGAUGGACUGCGAGUUUGCACACAAAGGACACUGCAAGGGCUCCCACUCUCAUGGCAUGGGCGGCGAGGAGUUUGUCCAGGUCAACUGUGAGGUCUUUGAGAAUGAGAACUCAAUGAAUGAGAAGGCAGCUCACCUGUUGGGAGGAGAGACCGACCACAGCCACACCCACCAGGCUGGAGAACACGGCAGAGACCACACCCACAAUGCCUCUGGCACUCACGACCACACCAAGGACCACAAACACGACGGCGCCCGCGUCCAUGGUCAUAAAGAUGGCGCCCACUCUCACGAAAAGGGAGCUGCUGGCGGUCACGACAAGGGAGCUGCUGGCGGUCACGACCACGCUCACGCCCACUCUCAUGACCUCGGUCACGCCCACUCUCAUGACCAAGCCCACUCUCAAGACCACGUUCACGCCCACCACGCCAAGGCCCAUAACCACAGCACUGACACCGGACCGCACCAACACCACAUCUACAAGCACAACGGUGAGGGCCACACUCAUGAACAUGACCAUGAGCUAGCCCUGGACCACGACCACAAGCACGCUCACCUGCACGAGCACGAACACCACCACCAUCACCACGAGCACCCACACCAGACCGAGUCCCGCCACCAGCCCCAGGGUACUGUGACCGUCCUCCCCGCCUUGGGCCUGCCCAUGACCCUGCCCUCCUUCCCCGACCAGCCUGUGGGUAAGCAGGGCGCCACUCUGCCCGUGGUCCAAGACCCAAAGAUCCCUGGGAUGAGACAGCCCGCCAUCUUACCCUUCCCCACCACCGUGUCCACUCAGUGCCCUGCUGAGGUCAAGGAUGAGGACAAGUUUGUGAAGGAGCUCUUCGCUGAGGACCCCCUAUUCAAAGCAGCUGCGUAACCAGUCCCUUGUCUCCAUGGAGCUGAAACACAGAACUGAUUAUUCUCAAUACCUACCAAUGACCCACUCUUUACUGACACUGGCAAGAAGAAUAAACAAGAUCACAAAGCUAGUUAUGAUAUUGUUCUUUGGAACUCACAGAGACAGGUUUCUGCAUGUCAGGUAUUUGGUUACAUAUGGUUGUUAUACAUCUAGCUACCUCUAAACCAUUUUCACCUGUCUGUUUGUCCGUCUGUCCGCCUGUCUGUCUACCUCUCUGUCCGUCUGUCUGUCUGCCUCUCUCUCUGUCUGUCUGCCCCUCUCUCUCUCUCUCUCUGUCUGUCUGUAUGUCUGCCUCUGUCUGUCUGUCUGUGAGAAUUAUGUUUGAGACUGUGACUGUGUGUUCCUAAAAAAACAAAAGGAUUGACAGCAUUGUUUUGUACGUUUCUAAUACUCUAUCUAUCUAUGUCAUGACGGAAGAUAGUUGUUGAGGUGGGUGUUGUUCCUAGACUCACAAAAUAAAAAUAAAACAUCA